AUUAAACAGCGGUGGCGGAAUGUGCUCGGAUGAGUCCGGCGUCCCUCUGCAGAGCUGUCGCUCGUGACAGAGCCUCACCUGUAAGUAGCUGCCGCGCGCGCGCGCGCGUGUGCGUGUGUGUGAGAGACCUCUGCGGGCCGCCUGACCGCCGCCUGCUCCCCGGACAUGUAAACAGCUUAUAGCCGACUUUGCGGCAUCCAUAUCAGCUGUUUGUGCCGUUCCGCUGCAUCGCGUGCUGUCACUCCCUCUGCUGCUGUUUAACGUGGCUUUUUAACAUGUUGAACGUGUCCCAGCGUGGCCCUCGGCAGGUGUCGGCUGGCGCACUUGAUGUCAUGAUGACACCUCUGUUGAUUUUCCCCUGACAACCGCGCAUCGGACACCAGUAUUCAGGGCCAUCAUGCCCAUCACGCUGCUGUGGGCCGUGGACGUGUAUGGCAGGGUGUACAGCCUGUCCACAGCUGGCCAGCGGUGGGAGCGAGCAGACGACGUGCUGCUGGAGCUGAAGCGCGUCACUGCGGGGAAGGGGCGCUGCUGGGGCAUCGGCUGUGACCACCGUAUUUACCUCAACAUGAUGCCCAGCGAGACCCCCAUCCGCUACCGGGAGGAGACCUAUGAGAACCAGAGGUGGAACCCAGUGGACAGCUUCACCGACACACUGCUGCCCACCGACCGCUGGCCGUGGAGUGACGUGACCGGGAUGAAUCCUCAGCCGCUCCACAGCUUUGAGCUGCCCUCCCGGAGCUGGGAGUGGGAGGGGGACUGGUAUGUGGAUCAGAGCUGUGGAGGAGAACCCAGCCAGACUGGGGGCUGGGAGUAUGCAGUGGAUUUCCCGGCCAACUUCUCCCCGGACAAGAAGUGGAACUCUUGUGUUCGUCGCAGGCGGUGGAUCCGCUACAGGAGAUACAUAGCACAAGGCACCUGGGCGAAGAUCCCCCUGGACAAUCCCAAGAAGCCCCCACUGCCGCUCUGUGACAUAAGCUGUGGUGGCUGGGAGAUGAGUGACCAGUCAGGAAGAUAUCCCUACCUGUGGGGCGUGUCCCAGCAAGGACAGGUGUGGUUCAGGGAGGGCAUCCACCCUCGGGUCCCAGAGGGCUCCAGCUGGGAGGAAGUGGAGGUGCCCAAGGAGGUGGCUCAGUUAUCUGCCGGCCCCGGAGACCUGCUGUGGACUUUACUCUGGGACGGGAACCUGCUGGUCCGUACUGGCCUCAGCCUGGACAGCCCGACUGGAACAUCGUGGGUCGAGGUGGAAUCACCAGGAAAGGAGGUGGAAGCGCUUCACGUGGCUGUUGGAAUCAGUGUGGUCUGGGUGGUCACUAAAGACUAUAAGGUGUGGUUCAGGCGGGGCGUGAACUCCCACAACCCCUGUGGCUCCGGCUGGAUCAGCAUCGGAGGGGAGAUGAUGAUGGUAGAUGUCGGACUCAAUGACCAGGUGUGGGCGGUAGGUGAGGACCGCGGCCUGUAUUUCAGAAUGGGCGUGACCCUGUCUGAACCAAGCGGCAGCGGCUGGAUCCCUGUUUCUGCACAGUGGGGCAACAGUACAGAAGUUAUUGUACCCAGGAAUGAUCGUGAGUUCAGCGGCCAGCUGACCGAGGCCUCACAAGGCUCAGUUCUCAGCUGCACCGACUCGGACUCGGAGUUAGGUCCUCCCGACCCACAAACCAGCACUGAUGACACCCCGGUCCUGGAGGCAGCAGCCCCCUCUGUGGUCCCUUUAGGGGCAGCCGACGCACCUGCACCUACCCUGAAAACAGAGGACACCCCCUCAGCCCCCCAACAGGAUGCCCCCAAACCAUUCAUCCCCGCCAGCGACAGCUUCAUAAACAGCCUGGUCUCAGACCGCGACAAAACUUCCACACCUCAGACAUCCAUCACAGAGGUGCCGCAGGAAGAAGGCGAGGAGCUGUCCCCUGCGCCGGUACUCCCCACCCCUGAGGCUGUAGGACAGGACGUCCCUUGGAUGAACGUGGAUCUGGAGGGGGCAGAGGCGGCUCGAAGUGCCCAGGCAGCAAGGCUCUCGCUGGGCCACGGCGGUGCUGCCGCCACCUACGCUCUGGGGACUCUGGAGACGUCUCAGGGUGUCGGAGAAGAGGACGGGCCAGUGUGGACCUGGAUCUCUGGUGGCGGCUGUGACGUGGACGCGAGCUCGCAGAUCAGCUGGCUCAGCCCCACAGGUCCUCUCACCAGCUCGCUGUCGCUGACCCCGGUGCAGUCAGCAGCCUGGAGCGAGCAGCAGCAGCAGCAGGAGCACAGAGAGGAGAUCAGCAAGAAACCGCUGGAGAGAAGCAACUCGGUGUGGGUUCGUAAAGGCUCGCUGCGCUGGUGGAGGGACUGGAAGCCUCAGCGCUGGGUGGAUGUGGGCGUAGCUCUGGAGCAGUCCACCAAGUCCGACGGCAGGAAGGACAGCAUUUUCUUUGUCUACUACACUCAGUAUGACGAGAAAAAGCACCUUCAGGUGUUUAUCAGUGAAGUGACGGCGCUGGUUCCGGUGCUCAGGGACUGCCACUAUGCCUUUGCUGUGUACACAGCCCAAAGGACGAAGCAGAGGUGGCCUCUGGUGCUGGCAGCACACAAUGAGAAGGACAUGAAAGACUGGCUGAUCCUGCUGUCUGACUGCUGCUGUGAGUGUCGAGGGAUCACAGGUCCCCCGUCCAGACAGGCCCUGUGGUCCACGACCUCAAAGGGGGACAUCAUGGUCCACGAGCCAUCCUUCUCCCUGGAGGCAGCUGCACACACGCUGUCCUGUGACCUCAUGUUCUGGCGCCAGGUCCCGGGUCACCUGCGCUGUGUAGAGUCUAACAGUCUGGGGCUGGUGUGGGGCAUCGGGUGGGACGGCACCGCCUGGGUCUACAGUGGGCGCAAUGGGCAGCAGCCCACCCCGGGAGAUGCGGCUCAGAUGCACCAGCAGACUGAUGUCAGGAGCGUUCACGUGUAUGAGAAUCAAAGAUGGAACCCUAUGACCGGAUAUACAGACAAGGGCCUCCCCACAGACCGCCCUAUGUGGAGUGACGAGAGUGGCCUGAAGGAGUGCACCAAAGGCAACACGCACCCGCCCUCCCCUCAGUGGUCCUGGGUGUCGGAGUGGGCUGUAGACUACAACGUCCCCGGAGGGACGGACAAAGAGGGCUGGCAGUACGCCGCAGACUUCCCCGUGACAUUUCACGGCCACAAAACCAUGAAAGACUUUGUGAGGCGCCGAAGAUGGACGAGGAAGUGCAAGAUCACACUGAGGGGCCCGUGGCAGCAGGUCCCACCCAUCCCUCUGAUUGACAUCUCUCUGAUGCCGUGCCUGGCCCAGAGCAGGAUGGAGCAGGUCCCGGUCUGGGCCCUCAGUGACAAGGGAGAUGUCCUGUGUCGUCUGGGAGUCAGCCCUCAAAACCCCGCGGGCAGCUCCUGGCUGCACGUGGGCACGGACCAGCCCUUCAAGUCCAUCUCCAUCGGAGGAGCCAACCAGGUGUGGGCCAUCGCCAAGGACGGCGCCGUGUUCUACAGAGGAUCCGUUUCCCCACAAAACCCUGCAGGAGAAUGCUGGUAUCACAUCCCGUCCCCCCCUCGACAGACUCUCAGACAGCUGUCUGUUGGACGGACGUCUGUCUUCGCUGUGGAUGAAAACAGUAACUUGUGGUACAGACAGGGCCUCACCCCCAGCUACCCUCAGGGCUCCGCCUGGGAACUCAUCUCUAACAACGUCACCAAGGUGUCUGUGGGUCCGCUGGAUCAGGUGUGGAUCAUAGCAGACGGAGUUCCAGGCUUUCCUGCUGAGACUCCUGGAGCUGUCUGCCACAGGCUGGGAGUGGGACCCAUGCAGCCCAAGGGCCAGUCCUGGGACUACGGCAUCGGGGGAGGAUGGGAGCACAUCAGUGUGAGGGGGAACUCAGCGGAGGCUCCCCGCGCACCCCACCCUCCUCCCAUCGGACCCCCGCGGCCUCCAACACAAGUGAACGGGAACGCCGUGGGCGUGUAAGCGCCCGCCCGUCACUUCCUCCGCCCCCGGCCCGGUUUGUGCCUGGACCCACAUUUCUCUCCUCAGACCCUUCCCACAGGCCCCCCUCCCUUCACGGCAAGGGAAUGCACAAUCACACCACUGAGUUUCUACUGUGUGUCUUGGUUGGAUUUGACUCUUGAUCGAUGGAUGAAUGUUCCGCCCUGGGGCUCGUUUCUCAGGCAGAAAUCGCGUCGGUAUGCAGCGACGACAAAAAGGGAGCACAAGAGCUUUUAAGAAGUGAUGUCUCGUGGGAUCAAAGUGAGUGCAUGUGUUUGCUCUUACUAGGCUUUUGCUAUGGGGUGUUUGGGGACCUAGCAAUAGCUUUUAUUCUUCUAUACAAUACCCUGUGAAAACCUAAAAGGGUGGGGCUUUGAUAAAGGGCUAUGGCUGGGGUACCAAACUCACUUCACACACACAGUCCCGCUGAAGCCCAAAUCGUCUUUGGUUUCUAGAAUCUUGUUUGCUUUUGUUUGUUUUUGCCUGUCAUACAUUUGCAUGUGAUUUCAUUUAUUUAUUCAUUUAUUUAUUAUGCAUUUGUUGAUUUUUGUCUCUCCAUGUUUUGGCGUAUUAUGUGUUUGGAGUGUUUUUCGCCCGUAUUGCUCCGACAAGCCUUCCUGAUAUUGGGGGCUUUUUCAAAAAGGACUGGCAAAAUUUGAGAUCUCCACACUUCAGGACAAUGUGAUGCUCUCUAAACCACAAGUGACUGCAGAGAAAAAUAUGGAAAAUUCAGUCCGCAUUAGCAGAUGAUACCUCUCUAUCCGCCUGCAAUAAGGAAAGCUCUUCCUGUUCGUAUUAUAUCCAUCCACAUAGUGUGACUGCUACGACCAUGACAUGACCGUGACUGUUGAGGCAGGUCUGAAUGUCACUGUCUUCGACAUUCGUCUUACAAGGGCAUUGAGAUGUGAAAUAAAAGUCUGAAAAUAAUGCUGUACGCUCUGACAUCAUUUCAGUGGGUCUGCAGUUUGUGGGCUGAGAGCAGGCAGUGAGUCACCAGACUCUGACAUGUUUUUAUUUUAAUAAACGGACUU